AUGGCUGAAGAACACAGAGAUCUGUACUACCACCAGCCAUAUUACAACAAUCGGCAUGGCUCCGGCACGACUGGGUUUACGUUCUCCAGCAGCAGUUCUUCUGCAUAUACUCCCCUUGCAGCAGAUUCUUCAUUUCAUAAUCAACAAAUGCUUGAUCCUUCAUACAUGAGCUUCACCGAGAUUUUGCAUGGAUCAAAUGAUAAUAACACUCUUGCGGGAGCUUUUGGUUUGUCGAGGACAUCAUCUUCUGAGGCAUUUUCUAGAGUGAAGGAUGAGCAGAAAUCCAUCAUGGUGGGAACUGGAAAUUUUGUGGGUGGUAGUGAAACUCCAGCUACACCUAAUUCUUCAAUCUCCGACUCCUCUACCGAGGCAGUUGGCAAUGAAGAUUCGAGCAAGAACCAGAAAGAAAACCCUAUGAAAGAAGCAAUUGAAGAUGGAGAAGACACCUCCAAGAAAGAGACUAAAACGAAGAAGAAAGGAGAAAAGAAGCAAAAACAGUCGCGAUUUGCUUUCAUGACAAAGAGCGAGGUCGAUCAUCUAGAAGAUGGAUAUAGAUGGAGAAAAUAUGGACAGAAGGCUGUGAAAAAUAGCCCUUAUCCAAGGAGCUACUACCGGUGCACGACUCAAAAAUGCCCUGUGAAGAAACGCGUUGAGAGGUCAUUUCAAGAUCCUUCAAUCGUGAUCACAACGUAUGAAGGACAACAUAAUCAUCAUGUUCCGGCCACUCUCAGAGGAAAUGUAGCUGGAAUGCUGUCUCCUUCAUUGCUUGCACCAUCAUUCUCCCUGCAAGAAGGACAUAGAUUUCCUCAAGAACUUUUACUUCAGAUCCCUCACAUGUACAACUAUGGAGCAGCUGGAAGUACAAGUAAUUCGUAUCAUCAAAAUUUAACACCAUUUGAGCAGCUUCAAAUUCCUGACUACGGGUUAUUACAAGACAUUAUUACCUCUGCGUUUCCCAAGCAAGAGACCUGA